AUGGUUCUUCCGACCCGGGCCCCGGUCCCGGCCUCAUCGAGCAGCGGGGAACGGCGCGGCGCGGACCGGACGGCUCUUCCUCUCGCGCCGGCCAUGGAGCGGCGAAGGGAUCCGGAAGACGGGGGCGCCUACACGUAUGAUGAGAUCCUCGCCCACUACACGGCCGAGGGUUACAAGAAGAAGGAGGUGAAUGCCUACUGGGAACAGGAAUGCACUCCUGUGAAGGGGAAGAAGGUGAAUGCUGAGCCAAAAGCCAAGGCAAAGGCGAAGGCCGAGCCAAAAGCUAAGGCCAAGGCAAAGGCGAAGGCCGAGCCGAAAGCUAAGGCCAAGGCAAAGGCGAAGGCCGAGCCGAAAGCUAAAGCAAAGGCGAAGGCCGAGCCAAAGGUUAAGGCCAAGGCCAAGGCCUCUCCGGCACUCCGGGGCUCUGUCAAGGCGGAGUCCGAGGGCGCCGCCGUGCUGGCAUCGCCGGGGCGGCUGCCACGCGCGCGGGCCGUCAUGCACGCCAUGAAGCGGCGGGAGUUAGACUGGCGGAUUGGCUGCGUAGUCUAUCAGAUCUACGUGGAUCGCUUUGCGCCCUGUGCCAACUUGGAGGCCAAGAAGAGCCUCUACCCCGAGGAGGGCACCUUCCACACGUGGUCCGAGCUGCCGAAGGGGGGUCAGCUUGUGGAGUCGGUGGGCUACUACAGCAAUGAGCUGGCCUUCUGGGGCGGGGACCUGCCGAGCUUGACCGGGAAGCUGGACUACAUCAACGACCUAGGCGUUGACGUGAUGUACCUGCAGCCGGUCACGAAGAGCUUCUCGAACCACAAGUACGACACCACGGACUACAAGGAUUUGGACGCGCAGUAUGGCACGGACGAAGACUUCAAGACCUUGGUGGAUGCGCUCCACGAGAAGGGCAUGAAGCUGGUCCUGGACUUUGUGUUCAACCACUGCGGAAAGCGCAGCAACCUGGUGCAGGAAGCGUUGAAGGACAAGGAGUCUCCGAAUCGGAAGUUCUUCUUCAUGGGCGACGAAUACCAACCGCAUGGCUACAAGGUCUGGGGCUGUGCGCCCUCCUUGGUCGAACUGGCGCUCGAGUCGAAGGAGCUGCAGAACUACCUGUGGGCCUCCAAGGACUCGGCCCUGGCCACCUGGCUGCGCCGCGGCGCCGACGGCGCGCGCCUGGACGUGGCCUCGGAAAUCGGCCUGGACUUGUUGUCCUCCAUCACCCGUGCAGCGCAUCGACACAAGAAGGGCAGCCUGGUGGUGGGCGAGGUCUGGGCGUACUCGCCCCAUUGGACAUCCUGCAUGGAUGCAGUGCUCAGCCUGCACCUGGGUGUGCUCAUCUACGGCUUGGCCGAGGGCACUCUGCCGGGCCCGUCAGCUGCCCAGAGCCUGGCGCGGAUGGUGGCCGACUCCUCCAUCGAGGAGGUCUUGAAGUGUUGGAUCGUGGUGAGUAACCACGACAUGCCACGGCUGGCGCACCGGCUGCCGGACCUCAAGGCGCGGAAGUUUGCGCAGGCGCUGCAGUUCACCUGGCCGGGCUGCCCGCUGAUCUACUACGGCGAUGAGCUGGGCCUGGAGGGGGGUGAGGAUCCCCACAAUCGGGCCCCCAUGCCGUGGGGGCGAGAGAAGGAGAGCGAGAUGCUGGAACAUACCAAGAUGUUGAUCGCGUUGCGCAAGCAGCACCGGGCGCUGCGGAUCGGCGACUACCGGGAGCUCUUCGCCCGAGACCUCAUGGCCUUCAUCCGAACCACCGACCGUGUGUCGGAGGUGGUGAUCGUGCUGGCGAACCCCUUGGCCACACCCGUGAAGGAGAUGGUGGUCGUGCCGGUGCCCGCGAUCCUGGGACACACGCUCUUCAAGGACGUGAUGGAUGGCGAGGAGACGCGGCUUUUGGGCUCCACCCUGACGGUGGAGGUGAAGCCCAAGACGGUGCGCAUUUUUACGAUGGUGAAUGAGGUGGGCAACCCCAGCGGGGAUCAGUACAAGCGCACCUGGGGCCAUUGGGCCUCCUUCGCCAGUGUCAAGUGCAUGUGGUACACCGGCUGGGCCUUGAUUGUGGUUCCGUGGCUGAGCUGGCCUUGGUACAGCAGCAUCAGCCAGACCUUGUGGAAGGAGUUGCCACGACAUGCCGAGAUCCCAAAAGGAUUGCAGCACAAGUCCAUGUUGGUCAGCGUCUCUGACGGCGACGUCAUCGAGCCGCAGAAGCGCUGCGAGGAGUGCGAGGAUCGGCCGGCGGCCUUCGCCUGCGACUAUUGCUUGGACAAUUACUGCGUGCAAUGCUUCUGGAAGUGCCACUUCAAUGGACACCGGCGGCAGCAUACUGCCUCCAAGGUGGCCGUGGUGCCGAUGUGCAACCAGUGCCAGAAUGUCCGGGCCACGAUCUUCUCAGAGCAAACGCAGGAGUUGAUGUGCACGGAAUGCUUCACCAUGCUGCACGCCAAGGGCAACCGCAUGCUGCAUCUCUUCAUGGAUGCCAUGGACUUGCUGGUGCUGUUAGAGAGAUUGGACCCAGCGUUUCAGGAGCACAUGCGCCGUGCGCGGCCGAGAGUGCUUUGGGCACUCAGCCAACUGCAAGGUUGGGUCAAGGGUAUCGAAGCGCGACGCAACUUCAAGAAGCGCAAGGAUGUGGUGCUGAUGAUCCAGCGCCGCUGGCGCGGCGUGCUCACGCGCCGGCGCCUGCUGGGUAUGCUGCACAUGCACAAGUGGCGAAGGCGCCAGGUGAACAACUACUUCCUGCCGAAGACCGCCGCCGAACGGCGGGCGGUGAAGCAGAAGACGACGGCCAUGCUAUCGGCCAAGGACGUCACCACGCGUGCGGCGAACCAGUCGUUGCGGGAGCUGCGCAGUACCAUUCUGAACACGGCCACCGCGGAUCCGCUGGAGGAUGCGCAGAUGACCCGCGACCAGAUGGAGGCGCUGCCAGGCGCGACAGAGGUGCCGGGCGCCGCAGGCUUCUCCCACACGAUGCCCAGUGGCGUGUCGCCCUACACCAGCUACGAGCAAAGCUCGCGGUUCAACGGCGCGCUCACGGACCCCAGCUUUGGGCAGCAGGCGCAGGACCUCUCCAAGAAGGACAUCCGGACGACGCGGGACAACACCUUGCGGCAGAUCACCCGUCUCGACUGA